AUGGAGACUCAACUCGGGGUGUCGCCAGAUGUCGACGUUAAGCUUUCGGCUUGGGACAUUUUAGUCACAAAACAUCACCCCAAGCAUAAUGAGUUUGUUAUCAAAAUAGAAAACAUUCAAAGCCGUAAGUAUUUGUGGUCAGUUAAAGGGAAGCAAACCAGUGGAGAUUUAGGUUGUACACAUUUGCGGGUGAAAAUGCGAAGUAGAUGUUUUUUUCUGGUGACAAUUCAUGAGUUUGAUCUCGCCAUACCACUACUACACAUCGGGUCCAGAGCGGCUAGAAGACGUGGUACCGUUGGGAUCUCAACUUUUUCGAUGGAUUAG